AUGGGUGAUGUUGUGUUACCGGGACGUCAUAUACAUUUACGGCGUGGCUUAUAUAAAAUUGAUGGUAUGCUUGGUUUUGGUCUUCAUUCAAAAGUCUAUUCAGCACAUAAUACAACAACAAAACAAUCCUUGGCUUUAAAAAUAAUUGAUUUAGAACAUCAAAAUGUUACUGUACGAGCAUCAACAAUAUCACGUCGACAAAGUUUUCAAAAAGAACUUCAAUAUUUAUUACGUUUACAAACAAUUAAUCCAUAUAUUGUACGUAUAUUUGAUUAUGAUGUACAACAGUCCGGUGUUAUUGCUAUGGAACAAGGUACACCACUUCGUUAUUAUAUACCGAAAUGUCCUAAUUCAUCAACACCACAAUUAUCACCACAAGUUGUACAUCAUCUUUGGCGUCAACUUGUUGAUGGUGUAAGAUAUUUACAUCGUGCACGUAUUGUACAUUCAGAUCUUAAACCAGAAAAUCUUAUUGUUUUAUCAGAUGGACAAAUACGUAUUAUUGAUUUAGGUGUUUCAUUUACAUUACCUCGUAUGGUAACAGCUAAACGACGUAUAUGGGCUGGAACACCUGAUUAUAGUGCACCAGAAAUGCAUAAAUCACCAUCAGGUCUUCCACCUAAAUAUGGUUAUAAAAGUGAUAUAUGGUCAUUAGGUAUUCUUCUUCAUGAAAUGACAACUGGUUUUCGUCCAUUAUGUGCAUUGAAUAACAAUUUAGACAAGAUUUAUUAUUUAAAACAUUUAUAUCGUGAUCUUCCAAUUGAUACAAAUGUUUCACCAGGUGUUUAUGAUGCAAUGAAACGAUGUUUACGAGUUCGACCAAAUUGUCGACCAACAGCUGAACAUCUUUCUUUCCAUCAUUAUGUUGUACAUGGUUUUUAA